AUGACUCUCAAGUACCUCAUCACAGGAGCAACCGGCGGCCUGGGUGCCCAAGUCCUAUCUUACCUCGUUGCCAACGUACCCGCAUCGGAGUACGCUGCCGCAUCGUCGAACGAGGCGAAUCGUAAGCGAUUCGAAGAUCGCGGGAUUGCUUUCCGCGUCGUCAACUAUGAUGACCCAUCGAGCAUGGAAACGGCUUUUAAAGACGUGGAAAACCUUUUCUUCGUGAGCACCAACACCUUCGACGUGGAGAAGCGACGAAAGCAGCACCAAAGUUUUGUGGAUAUAGCCAAGAAGUCCAAUGUCAAACAUGUGUGGUAUACAUCGCUGGCAUUCGGCGGAUUCAGCUCCGACUCCAAGGCUGAUGUGCAACAAGCCCAUUUGAUGACCGAAGAGAUGCUACGACAAUCCGGGGUCAACUUUACGUCUAUCCGUGAGGGUAUCUACACUGAUGCCUUCCCAGUAUUCAUGGGUUGGUACCCAAGUACUUCGACAGUCUAUCUCCCGUCCGACGGACCAAUCGCAUUUACCCUGCGGGACGAGCUCGGUGAGGCGACCGCUCGGCUGAUGGUUCGCGGGGGCCACGACAAGGAGAUUGUGCUCUUGACGGCGCAUGAAACCAUCACGUUCUCGGAGAUUGUGGAUGUGAUCAAUGAGACCACGGGCCGACAGGUUCAGGUCCAGUUUGUUUCACCCGAGGAGUUUGUACGAUUGCAGGCCGCCGACGAGGGAGGUAAGCCGGAAGCAUUCUUUCGGAAACUCUUGACCUGGCACGAGUCGAUUUCCCAAGGGGGGGCUGGUGUGACCGAUCCGCUCAUGACGGAGUUACUGGGGAGAGCACCGGUGCCCGCCCGGGAGGCAAUCCGGGCCUUGUUGACCGAGAAUCGGGAGUAUGAGUGGCAUCAGAACUAUGUGAAUCGGGGUUAG